UGUCAUGCAUGAUGCUAGAAGAGUAUUUAAAUGAUGGUUUUUAUACUCCACAUUAGAAUAAUUGGAAUUUAAUGGCCAGUUUGAAAAACAACAGUGUGACCAGAUUACAAUGAAAACCUGAUUCAAGAGGAAGAUCAUGAAUAUAAUAAUUUGGGGGAAAUAUUUAAUCUGAGCGCAAACCUUUUAGAACAACUGAGAGUUCCUUUAAGAAAAAGACUCACAAUUGUGACAAAAAUGGUAGGAGCUUGAAGCAUAAUUCUAUUCCAGUUGGUUUUUUUAAAGGCAAUUCAUGAAUGAAAAGUAUUUUAGUUUAUUAGAUACAAGAGAUCAUGCAUUUGUACCUCAAACCUUACUUAUUCUGGAAACAAGUGUAAAGCCAUAGUUCAAUAUUGAUGGAAUCUGAGAAAAUUUGUAUGAGAGAGAAACCUUAUCAGUGUACUGCAUGCAGAAAAGGCUACACUUGUAUUGCAACCUUUAACCAGCAUCAGAAAACUCGUAUUGGAGGGAAACCUUAUGAAUGCAAAAUAUGUGCUAAAUCCUUCAGCCGGAACACCAAUCUUAUUCAACAUCAAAGAACACAUUCUGGAGAGAAGCCUUAUGAAUGUAAUGAAUGUGGAAAAGCUUUUAGUCAGAGCGCUAAUCUUAUUCAACAUCAAAGAGCCCAUACUGGGGAGAAACCUUACGAGUGUAAUGAAUAUGAAAAAGCAUUCAGUCAUAGGUCAUCCCUUAGGCAUCAUGAGGGAAUUCAUACUGGAGAAAAACCCCAUCCUUGUAAUGAAUGUGGGAAAGCCUUCAGCCAUAUUUCAGCCCUUACUCAACAUCACAGAAUUCAUACUGGAAAGAAACCAUAUGAGUGUAUCGAAUGUGCGAAAACUUUCAACUGGAGUACACAUCUUAUUGAACAUCAGGCAAUUCGUUCUGGAGAGAAAUCUUACCAGUGUGAGGAAUGUCAGAAAGUUUUUUGCCACAGCACAUCACUAAUCCGAGAUCAAAGAACUCACACAGGAGAGAAACCCUAUGAAUGUAAUGAAUGUGGGAAAGCCUUUAGCCAUACCCCAGCCUUCAUUCAACAUCAGCGAAUUCAUACUGGAGAGAAACCCUAUGAAUGUAAUGAAUGUGGGAAAGCCUUUAGCCAUACCCCAGCCUUCAUUCAACAUCAGCGAAUUCAUACUGGAGAGAAACCCUGUGAGUGCAAUGAAUGUGGAAAGUCCUUCAAUUGGAGUGCACAUCUUACUGAACACCAGAGAACUCAUACUGGAGAGAAACCUGUUUGUAAGGAAUGUGCAAAAACUUUAAGCUGAAGCACACACCUUACUGAACAUCUAAAAAUUCAUUCUGGUGAGAAACCCUAUUGAUGUAACGAAUGCCAAAAACUAUUUUGCUAUAGAACAUCACUAAUUUGGCAUCAGAGAACUCAUACAGGAGAGAAACCUUACCACUAUAAUGAAUGUGGGAAAGCCUUGAGCUUAAGCUCAGCACUUACUAAACAUAUGUGAACACAUACAAGGGAGAAACCUUAUCAAUGUAAUAAAUGUGGUGAUUUUUUUUGUCAUAUUACAUCAUUAAUUCAACAUCAGAGAACUCAUUUCAGAAAUGAAACCCUGUCAGAGUAAUUAAAGUGGGAAAGCCUGCAGUCAUCAGUCAUCACACCUGAGCACUCACAGGAGCAAGAAACCCUAGAUUGUUAUGUAAGAAAAACAUGAGCCAAAUGCUCAUUUACUAAAUAUUAUACUGUUUGUACUGAGAAUAAGCCCUCUUCUUAUAAUUAAUCUGAAAAAAAUGUGUUACCAUUGAGAGAAAAUUUUAUAAUGAAAUUAUCCAAAACAGGUUUGUUUCUUUUAAGGACAUAUUUAUAAAAUUAUUUUUAAUAUAAUUCACAAAUGAACAUAUUUGGUUAUAAUAAAAGCUUUUCUAAGUACACAACAUUUUUAGUGAGUUUUUGAGCCCUUGGGUGGGCAAAAGGUUAACAUGCUAGCCAGUCCUAACCAAAAGGCUGGAGGUUUGAGUCCACCAAAAGACACCUUGAAAGAAAGGCCUGGUGAUCUACUUCUGAAAAAUCAGCCAUUCAAAACUCUAUGGAGCACAGUUCUACCCCAACACACAGGGGGUCACCAUGAGUUGGAAUCUUGAGUUGUAAGAGUUCUUUUUGUGUACUCUACAUACCAGACCCUUACUAGAUAUAUGACUUGAAGUAUUUUCUAGUAUUUUAUGAGUUCUUUUUACUUUAUUGAUACUGUUCUUUGAAGUACAGACAUUUUAAGUUUUGAUUUAGUUGAAUUUAUUAAUUUUUUCUUUUGUUGCUUG